GCCAGGAAAACUAAUUCGAAAAUGCAUAUUUUAACAAUGCAUGUAUAGAUGCCAUAGGCAUUGAGCAGAAAGUAAAUUAUGAAUAGCUUCUGACACAAGCCUGUAAAAUAGAAUAGAAAUAGAAAAAAAUAUCUGCUUCUAUGAAUAUACUAUCUCCACAGAGCAUAUAAUUUGUGGAAUAACUGCUACAGAUACCCAGGAGACAAAAAAUUAAAUAAUAGCACAGGAUAAUGGAAUAGAAACAAAUUUCAAUCGUAAAUGACAGGAGCUAACCAAUGCUAGCAGUGUUGAAGACAGGAUAGAAAACCAUUUCAUAAAUUUCUCUGCAGUCUGUAAUGUGUGAAAGUGGAUUUGAAUUUUAAGUAAUUCCUGAAAAUACAAGAAGAUUGGGAGUUUGAUCUGUAUUAUUACAGUGCUAAAUUAAUAGCUUACAAAUAUAUUUCUGGAAACAAUGGAAAGACCAAAACCACGAAAGACAUGCACCAUCGACAGUCUGCCAGACAAAUGUCUCCAGCACGCGUUUUCGUUCCUCCACCAGAGAGAGCUGGGGAAAAUUGCGCGAGUCUGCAAGAAGUGGCGUCUCAUGGCGUACAGCAACCAACUGUGGCAGGUCGUGUCCCUCAGACCGGAGUAUAACGGUCUCCAUGUAAACAGUUUCGAGAACCUUAUUGCGUUGAUAAAUGUACGAUUUGGACCAAGUCUUAGGUACAUCGAAUUGCCGUGUGAGCUCGUGACGUCACCAAUUUUGCACGAACUGUCUAACAAGUGCCCUGCGCUGAAGUAUAUGACUCUAGACUUUUCAAAUGCCAUGCAACUGCAUGAUUUUAAUGAUUUAAAUUCGUUCCCAUGCAAUCUGAAAAGUCUUUGCAUCUGUCUGUCGGAAGUUAUAUUUCUGGAGGGCUUCAUGAGACGAAUCUACAGUUGCCUUUCGUCACUCCAAGUUCUUCAUUUAAUAGGAUCAUUUGAAAAUUCAAGUGAGGGGGACGAAGAUGUAUAUGAGGUGGUAAACAUCGGUAAAAUCAAGUCCCACACGCCGAAUCUCCGCGUUGUGAACAUGUAUGGCAUCACGUUCAUUGAUGACUCGCACAUAGAGUUGCUGACCUCCAACUGUAUCCACCUGGAGUGCCUGGCCUUGAACUUCUGUCUUAGGGUCAAGGGAUCGUCGUUCAAAACCCUUGUACAGAGGUGCAAGAAGCUGAAGACCCUGCUUCUUCAUCACACCGGCGUGGAAGAUGAGUACAUGGUGGCAGUUCCCUGGGAGACGGCGCAGGUGCAUGAACUAGAUCUCACAUCCACGGAGCUCUCCACGGAGUGUUUGGAGAAUGUCCUGCUCCGUAUACCGUUCUUCACCUUCCUGGGUCUAGGCCACUGCGAGUUCUUCACUGACAAAAUUCUUGGCGACAUGGUGGCUAAGGGGAAGUUCCGCCAGCUGCGCGCCAUCGAUAUCAGUUCGACACCCGCGCUAUCGGAGAACACGAUAUACCAGUUCUUGCAAAUGCACGGCCGGAAUCUUCGCGGCUUAGUUUUGUCCGGGAAACCCACACUGACGGAAAACUUUUGGCUGAAUGUGAUUCCCUAUCUUACCAACAUCAGGAUCUGCGUUCUUGGCACGGCUAAUGGCUGGUUUCUGAAGUUGACCACCAAGGUCCAUAUCGACCAGGUGAUAGAGGGGUUCGCUCAAUACUGCCCCUACUUGCUCCGUCUCGAGAUACAGUGGGACCCAGACACCAUCAGAUUUAGCGACAAGAGCAGCAAGUUCGUCGACCACAUCAGACUGAAGUGCCCGUUCCUGAAGUCGUUCACGCUGUCUGACGGCGAAUACUACGAGAUGGUCAAGUCCAACUUCGAGCGGGCUGACCGGGUUAAGGUCGUCAGGACCACAACCUUCUACACCACCAGCAUCAUCAGUCUCGUCUCCUGCUACAACGACCUCCUUUUCAACUAGUUCUUCAAAAUCAUUUCCCUCAACUAGAAACAACUUUCCAUGUACAUGUAGCUAAUUCAAGUUGAAGCCACACCGCUUAAACCAGCCAUAUUUGGGGGCCAAUAAGUGUAAUGGUCUUCAAUAUUACCGGCAACUGGACAAGAAAUGAAUUUUGUUCAGGGCGACAAAGGAUUUCCCGCAUUUCGUCUUUAUCAGCUUGAACCUUUGUUUGUGUGUAUUCAUUUUGUUACGUCACUUCCGGGCUAUGCAUAACGGCAUCGGCCCUUCUGAGAGGUCAAGGUCGUUUUUACUUGUGUGGCCUAGCGCAACACAUGUGGAUCAACAACUCCCAACAUAAUUUUAGUCAGAGUCAAACUUGUCUCCAUAUCAAUCUGCUUGAACCGGUGGGUGCUAGCAACGCCACUGGGCUGGUCAUAUGGGCGGCAGCCACAGUGAGAGAUUAGGUUUGUAAUGUUGCUGAGCACCAGCAAAAUGAAGCCCUUAUGCCGUAUUCAUAAAACUUCUUUUAAGUCAUUUCUUAUUUGAAGUAAUUUUUCUCAAAUUAAAAGAAAAUUGUAGGUGUCCCCGAAAUCGGUUGGUUAUAAAGUUUUCACCAAGACCCAGCAUGUGCCAUUAAUCUUCCAUAAGUAGUGGUUGCAUGGUAUGCAUUUUAUGAAGAUCGGACAUUUUCUAUUAAUAGACAGGAUGCGCUCCCAUGCGUCCAUGUUGCUUGAAUUUCGUUAACGCAUUACUUUCCAAGUUCCUGUCCUUUCUGUUUGUCCGAUGAAUGAGUUCAGAGAAAUAUUCUGAAAGAAAAAAAGUUUUUCCUAGUACAUCUGUUAACUCCAUAAACUCGUUUUUGGGGCAUUGUUAUUUUUAUAGUAUAUCUUCCUCGUAGUUUGAUAUAAACUUGAGGUCUACGUAUUCCAUUUGAUUAAAAAACAACAACGUAAAUGUAAGAAAAUAGUUGCUAUGUACAGAGUACGUGUAUUUUAAGGUUGCCAUGUCAACAAAACAUAUAUUCUGUGGUGUUAAAUUGUUUUUCUUGGCAAAAAGGUUGUAAUGUGCAGAAUCUAUUCCAUAUUUUAAUGCAUCGAAACUGGAGCUUUUUGUACAAUUAAGGAGAUCCAGCACAAGGUAAUAGAAAAUUCGGCAGCCAUUUUUUAAAAUGGCCGCCAUUCGGCCAUUUUGAUAGAUCCAUACAAAAUGAGCCCAGCUGAAUAUGUAAUGAAUAGCUUCAACAACACGUGUUCCAAGUGUCGUGUUUUUCUCAUUUUCUGAAAAUUAUGAGAUAUUUUGACUGGACUUAAGCCACACAUAGACGACAGUUUCAGUCAGAGAUAGUGAAAACAACUUAUAAUAAUUAUGUAUAUAUGAAAAGAAGGUUUCUAUGACAGUUUUCGACCCUUGCCAAAAGGUGAUAGGACAAGGAAUGGGCACAUACAUGCAUUUGCUUGCUGUGAGAAGAUGCACAAACACCAAUUCUAACGUAUAUUGCCACCUAUGCACAUUCCAAAAAACUCACGCAAGAGGCAUUGCAGUCAGAUCAAGACAAUGUAGUGUUUGAAAUACAAGUAACAUUACUGUUAUUUUUCGUUAGAAAAUAAAGUUUGGUUUCAUUGUUAUGCAGGUCAGUCGUUAAGUUCCAGGAGUGGCCUUGCGAAAAUAUAAUCAAAAGAAAUAUUCAUAUAAAAGUUCCUCCUGUAAUAAAUGUACUCUAAUGGCUUAAAUCUGUAUCGAACUUGUAAACGGUAUUUAAUCUGUUUGAUAUUUCACGUUACAUGAAUGAACUUAUUUAUAGUAUUUAUUGAUAAAGAAUUUUAUUUAUAUCAUUACCAAAGGAUUGUUUGAAAAAAUAAAUUCAAAAUCCA